UUGAAAAAAUAAAAAAAAAUUAAAAAACUUAAUUAAAAGUUUAAUAAAUAUCAACAAAUAGAUUCCUCUCCAGGGCUUGGCUAGCAAUAUCCAGCAACAACAAGACACAUACAACAAAAAAUAUGUGCUUUUAACGCACAACAAAGUCUCACAGGUGCAGCUUUCACGCCUCUCACCAAACCCACAGUUGCUUAAUAAAGUAAAAACUGAAAUAAAACAACAACAUACAUACAAAGAAAAACUACAAAAAAUAGCAAAUACUAAGGAUAAGUAAAAUCAAAAACAGACAUUAAAAACAAGCAAAUAGAUUACGCUCACUUAAGCACGAGCGAGCGGCGCUCUCUCUUCUUAAGUCGUUCGUAUUUAUUUGCGCCUCGGCGUCACAACAACAAAACAACUAAGGAAUUUCUUACCUUAGCUUCCUAUAAGAACUAGACUCCCUCACCUAGCUAGAGCUAAAGCUAAGAGAGAGCAAUAGCGGCUAGCAAGAAGAGAGGAAGCAGUUAAAAACAAAGUAUUAUAAUUGGUGCUAAAAAGAGAGUAUUGGAAACAAUCACUUUCACUGCUGCGCGUAAAAUCUUGAGAGUGAAAGUGGACUUAAUAAAAAGUGAGAGUAAUUGCUUUCUACACAUGACCCUAGUGAAAAAGUGAGAGUGGCGCGAAAAACUUAGGACUAACAUUUACAAAGUUACAGCACUUCGCACACAAAUAAAAACAGCAAUAUAAAGGCAAGGACGAGUUCGAGAACACACAUCGCUUUUGUUUUGUGUUCGUGUGGGUGUACUAAAAACCGAUUCAACACCGAAUUUCUUCAAAAAACUUCAAACGCAAUGUCCACCAACGAGGCUGUGGACGGCGCUGCUGAGGCGUCCGCUAUGACCAACGGCGUUUCGGCUAACGAGUCAGCACCUUCGCCGGCACCUUCACCAGCGCCGCCGGCUACGUCAUCGCCACCGCCAACAGCACUGUCGCAGCAGCAGUCACAGCCAUCAACUGCUAUGGACGAUGGCAACGUAACGGCACAUAUUAGUUCUGCUGCACAGGUCGAAGGUGGCGUUUCAACAUACGGUGCGGUCAAACAGUUUAAGGAAACGAACAAUGACAACAACAGCAACACUAAUUAUACGAAAUCGGACGGCUAUCAUCACAUCCCGAAUAAUCAUUAUAAUAACAAGAUUUCGCCAAAAAUGGAUUUGUUGAGUGGCGCCUGUUAUGUGUUCUCAAUGGAUGGUGAUCGCAAGUAUCAUUUGGAUGAGCUGGAAGAUGGCGCUUCGUAUGUGGUGUCGUCGUUCAAGGCGUUCAAGCCGGCUAGUUACGGUAAAAAGAACGGCAUGUGGUACGACUCGCCCGGUAAUCAGGGUUGGGGCUCGAAACCGGCCAGUCGUAAGCCAUCGAUUAUGGAGGCUGACUUGGACACAUGAUCGACCACACCGGGCUCGAUCAAACGCCGCGCCGGACGUGUUAUACGUAUCACCAAUAAUUUGGAUCAUUCAGUGGAGCCACAAACAAGAAUAAUACCUUUGGUGCAAUCUCGCCGCCCUACUGGUUGUCGAUUACAUCACACUGUGCGACCUGGAUGCAAUUGAGUUGGCAUUCACAUUCGCAUGAGAUGAUUAUCUACAGAGUCUACCACAAACCCAUGGAAACGGAGAAGUUCAACAAACUCAAAACUAAGAUAGCAUGGCUCUAUAUAAACAAUCUGAAACGUAGCUCGCAGCACAUACUCUAUGUCGAAGCAAUUGUUGAGCAUGCAACAUCUCUGCCUUUCAAGACGCUGGUGGUUUGGACCGAUCCAUCGUUGCAGGCAUUCGUUUAUCCGCCAACAGAAAAUCUCCCAGAUAGCAUAAACGAAGUUGGCUCGAUGACUAUACUCUGAUUAGCUUUGUGUAAUCCGGCGCCAACCAUUUCACUGUACGUCGGUGGACAUUUGGUGCGGCACGCAAUGUCAUGCUGACAUGGAUCAUAUAUCUUGCUAUGGGGACAAUGAUAAUGGUUUGCUUAUGCAGGCUACAAGAAGAGCCAAUAUUUGCUAUGCAGAAAAAACUACCGCCGCCAACAUAGCCGUCGCAUCGUUGGGCGAUGAGAUUGAGUUGCUUUGCACAGUCGAUGCGAAAACAACACUGAAAGCAAUAUUCUGUCAUGACUAUGAUGAAAAUAAGUGACGUUUUCGUAAAUUAACGGCCCCAAAAAAAUGCCUACGAAUUUUAAUUACCGGAGCCAGUGGUCAUUAGUCUUGCGUGCCUGGGCAGUAGGCAACAGCAACACGUAGUCAAGAAAAAGUCGACAGCAAAAGCCAAACGAAACGUAGGCGAGCUAAGAAGCAAUUAAAAAUCUGGUGAAAGCUUAAAUGUUGGCCGUGGUUCGGUUAAUAGUAAACAAGCGACAACAAUUUUUUGCAGCAAUAGUUAGGUGUACGAACGCCUAUGAAAAACAGCAACAACUAGAAUGCAAGUAACGAAAACGGAGAAAGAAUGUAUAAGGAAGCGAGAGGCAGCUAAUCCCUAGUAAUGAUUGAAUGCUUGGCAGCUGCCAUAAAAGCGAGCAAAAAUGGGUGAAUUUUAGUUUUUGCAUAUUAUGGGUGUUAUAACAUUUUUUUUGUAACACGUGAGUUAGCAAAAAUUAAUUGUUAUGAUAAUCAAUGCCUCCAGAUUAUACUGUUUUGAGUAAUUGGUGGGAUUUACACACAUUACAUGAAAAAUUUAAAAAUCAAAUCAUGUUUUUGAAAAUUUUUUUGAAAUUUUGUUUACUUUUAAAAUAAUUUUUAUUGAGAAUUUUUAUUUUUAUCGAAAUUCACUAAAGUUGCCGUCUAUGCCUACUUACAGAGUCACUUUUUUCCCUUUUCAACAUUUUUCUUUAAUGGUUGCAGAACAUUAUUUAGUUGUCAUGUGCUCUUGGGUGAUCCAAAAAAAAAUUUUCACUUAUAAACUGGUUGAUAGAUAAAUUCAUAAAGAUGCAGAACUAUACCUUAAACAUAUUAAAUUUGAAUAAUUCUGGCAUAGUGAAGUUUACGAGCAAAUUGUAGCAUUUUUUUAAAGAAUUAUAUUCCCUAUAUAUACGAGACUAGAUACUUUUUUUCAAAUAGUAGAUAUUGAGAAAUGAAUUUUGUAAUAUACUAUAUACUAUGUUCAUAUGUGGAGAGAAUUUAUUUGAGGUGUAGAUCAACCAAUUUUUCAGAGCUUAAAGUGAAAAGGCAUAUUCUAUUUUCUUUGACCCACCCUAAUGCGCUCACAAAACAAAUAAAGUUGCUGCCGCCAACGCAUUGCUCACGGUAUUUGAGCUGCUUGCACUUGUAGCUGUUACUCGUAUAUUGUUUUAUAAUUUAAUUGUAUUUCUUGCUGCUCUUGGCACAUGCCACUGAAUUCAAGGUCUUCGCGUGAGUUAACCUUAUUAACUUGCAAUGUACACAGAUUUUAUUUAUGUGUUUGUUUUUUUUUUUGUGAUAUUUGCUUAUACUUUACUUUACUUAAUUACUUUUAUGUGUGAAGAAAUUUAAUUUCAAGCGAUUUAAAUUUAGUUGUAAAAUUACAAACAUUCCCUUUUACUAUGUCUGCAUAUUUAUAUGCGAGCAUGUACGAAGUAAAACGAGCAUUUGCUUAGUAAAGUAGAAACGAACAAUAAUAAAUGUAAAAAUUUAUUUGCUAGA